UUCUUUGCCAUGUCUUCAUUUCCCUGGGUGUGGUCAGCGCUCAGAGUGUUCCGUUAGCGGAGGAAUCCCACCAGUGAUCGCCGAUCCCGGCACCGAGUUUCCUCAUCCCGCCUUCCUCUGUACGGAGAGGAGCCCAUAGACUCUGCAAGGACUUACCGCACCCGACAACAUGCCUAAAACGAUCAGUGUACGUGUGACCACAAUGGAUGCCGAGCUGGAGUUUGCCAUCCAGCCCAACACCACUGGCAAACAGCUCUUUGACCAGGUGGUGAAAACGAUCGGCCUUCGGGAAGUCUGGUUUUUUGGGUUGCAGUAUCAAGACACCAAAGGCUUCUCCACGUGGCUGAAGCUCAACAAAAAGGUGACGGCUCAGGAUGUGAGGAAGGACAGCCCGCUGCUCUUCAAGUUUCGGGGGAAAUUCUACCCGGAGGACGUCUCUGAGGAGCUGAUCCAGGACAUCACCCAGAGACUCUUCUUCCUGCAGGUGAAGGAAGGGAUCCUGAACGACGACAUCUACUGCCCCCCAGAGACAGCCGUGCUGCUGGCCUCCUACGCUGUACAGGCCAAGUAUGGGGAUUAUAACAAGGAUGUGCAGAAGUCCGGAUACCUGUCCCAGGACAAGCUCCUCCCUCAGAGAGUUCUGGAGCAGCAUAAGCUCACCAAGGACCAAUGGGAGGACAGAAUCCACAUUUGGCAUGAAGAACACAGAGGCAUGUUAAGGGAGGAUGCAAUCCUAGAAUACCUGAAGAUCGCUCAGGAUCUGGAGAUGUACGGAGUGAACUACUUUAGCAUUAAGAAUAAGAAGGGCUCAGAACUUUGGCUUGGAGUGGAUGCCUUGGGGCUUAAUAUUUAUGAACAGAAUGACAGAUUGACACCCAAGAUUGGUUUCCCGUGGAGUGAAAUAAGAAAUAUUUCAUUUAACGACAAGAAAUUUGUUAUCAAACCCAUCGACAAGAAGGCGCCGGACUUUGUGUUCUACGCUCCCCGAUUACGCAUCAACAAGAGAAUCUUGGCGCUCUGCAUGGGCAACCACGAGCUGUAUAUGCGCCGCAGGAAGCCGGACACCAUUGAAGUGCAGCAGAUGAAAGCUCAAGCGAGGGAAGAGAAGCACCAGAAACAGAUGGAGAGAGCCCUGCUGGAGAACGAGAAGAAAAAGAGAGAAAUUGCAGAGAAAGAGAAGGAAAAGAUUGAGCGUGAAAAGGAGGAACUGAUGGAGAGGCUACGACAGAUUGAGGAUCAGACCAGAAAAGCCCAAGAAGAGUUGGAGGAGCAGACCCGGAAAGCCCUGGAGCUGGAGGAUGAAAGGAGAAGAGCACAGGAGGAGGCCGAAAGACUCGCAAGAGAACGGCAGGCCGCUGAGGAUGCCAAGGAGGCCCUUCUGAAACAGUCCCAAGACCAGCAGAAGAAUCAGGAGCAGCUGUCUGCAGAGCUGGCUGAGCUGACAAGCACCAUCAAUCAGCUAGAACUGUCCAGGCAGAAGAAAGAAAAUGAAGCCGAGCAAUGGCAACAGAAGGCCCAGAAUGUGCAGCUUGACUUGGAGAAGACCAAAGAAGAGCUGAAGCUGGUGAUGAGCACUCCCCACGUCCAGGAGCCGGUCCACGCGGAGAACGAACAGGACGAUGAUCAGGAUGAGAACGGAGCGGAGGCCAGCGCAGACCUGAAAGCAGAGGCCAUGAUCAAAGAUAGGAGCGAGGAGGAUCGCACCACGGAGGCCGAGAAGAAUGAAAGGGUCCAGAAACACCUGAAGCUCUUGAGCUCAGAACUAGCCGUCGCGAGAGACGAGACCAAGAAGACCGUCAACGACAUACUGCACAACGAAAACGUGAUCGCCGGUAGGGACAAGUACAAGACCCUCCGCCAGAUCCGCCAAGGCAACACCAAGCAACGCAUAGACGAAUUUGAAGCCCUGUAACGCACGUAUACCUUGUACAUGUAAUAAAAAAAAAAAAUGUUGCCUCCUUCCUUUUCCAUUGGCUCAGCUGGAACUUUCUGUACCACUAUGAGUCAGAGUCCGAAGCCGUACAAUCAGUAAGGUCUGUAGCCUGGCCGAUGUCCCAUCCAAGUCAUGUUUUCUGGUCUGAGGACAUUUAAACCGGCAGCUACAGAAAAAAAAA